AUGGCUUCCCGCUUCUCCUCCUCAACUUUACCACCAGAAACGACACUCCGUAUCAUAACCUGCAAUGUCCGGUUCGACGGUCUCUCUUCCCACCCGGUCCCCAUUCCUCCUAAUGGUACCAUCCAAUCCCCACGCCGACAUUGGACGUUGGAGGACCCUUACAAAGAACGACCCUGGGCUGAACGGAGGAGCAGGUUGGUCGACGCGUUAUGGUUCUGGGGUGCGGACGUUAUCGGUUUUCAGGAAGUCCUCCACAACCAACUCCGCGACAUCCAAUCCCUUCUAGGCCCCAGAUGGACUUACGUAGGGGUCGGUCGUGAUGAUGGUCAGAAGGGUGGGGAAUAUAGCCGAUCUUCUACAAUACGUGAAGAACGGUUCGAAAAGAUAUCAUGGGGGACGAAAUGGCUAUCGAAACAUCCUGACGAACCAGGUUCAAAGGAUUGGGAUGCCGCCCAGACAAGGAUAGCAACUUUCUUAACGCUAUACGACAAGUCCAGCACCUCCACCACGAGGACCGCCUCGGACCUAAUUCAUCUGGUGAACACGCACUACGAUGACCAAGGGAAGAAAUCUCGAGGACGCGCGAGUUGGAUCAUUCGGGAGUUGAUGAACGGUUGGGUGCGGAUGAUCGAAGCCGAGCUCGACACGGAGAAAGCUGGCGAAACCGAGAGAGGGGCAAGAGACGCCCCGACGGACGACCCCAGAGAAGAAGGCUACACUCACGCCAUCUCCCGCGACCCGCUCCCUCAUUCCAAGGGCGACGACAUGUAUUUCCUCGACACCCGCCUCAUACUGAACCGACGCCAGAACAAACACACUAAAGGGAGAAUGUCUGCACCGUACGGGCACAAAGGAACGUAUACGGGUUUUACACACCCGGGAUGUGAGGUGGACGACCCGAUUGAUUUGGUUCUGCUCGCGAAGGAUGAGAACCUGAUGGGAGUACACGCGGAAGAUAUAAGGGGAGGGUGGGAGGUGGAGAGAUAUGGAGUGAUCGAUAAUGUCAUAGGAGGAAAGGGGGAUGAGACGGGUUGGGUGGGAAGGUGGUCGGAUCAUCGGGCCGUAGGGGUCGAACUGAGGAAACGAACGUAA